AUGUAAGGAACAUUAAUCAUAAGACCAUUUAGAGCAAACUUGAAAAGAGAUACUGAAAUAUUUGGAAAGAUGGUAACCUAAUAAAUUAAUUCAUUUAUUAGGAUCCAUUUGUAAUUGUUAAAAUGGGAAAUUAAAAAUAAAAUACAUCUGUUGCUAAUGAAGCUGGUAAAACACCUGUUUGGAAUGAUGUUAUUACUUAUAGAAAGACAUAUGAAAAUGUGAUUGAUUUUGAAGUUUGGGAUGUAAAUCAAUAAUAUAUUAUUUAGUAUGAUUAAGCUUCAAAAAAUGAUAUGAUUGGUUAAGCAUCCUUUCCUAUUGCAUAAGUUGAAUAAACAAGACAAUUUUAAGGAGCAAUACCUUUGAUGUAUAAAGGAAAACCUGCUGGAGAAUUAAGCGUUAUAAUUGAAUUUAAGCCAGAUGGUUAACCAUAAGGCUACCCACCUUAACCUUAAUAAUUUGGCAUUCCAGGUUAACCAGGUUAUCCUCCUUAAUAAGGAUAUCCUCCUUAAUAAGGAUAUCCACCAUAAUAAGGUUAUCCUCCAUAAUAAGGUUAUCCUCCAUAAUAAGGUUAUCCUCCAUAAUAAGGGUAUCCACCUUAACCAGGUUAUCCACCUUAACCAGGAUAUCCUCCUUAACCAGGAUAUCCUCAUCCAUAACCUGGCUAUCCACCUUAAUAGAUUGCUGUAAUAUAAAUUAAAUUUAACCCCAAUUGUCAUGAGUAAUUAAAUUAUUUUUAAGUGUAGUUGUCAUGGAACUGGUAAAGUUUAUAAAAAGGGAAAACAAAAAUAUUGUAAGGACUGUUAUAAACAUGCAGGCAUAUGUCCUAAAUGUGGUGGAACUGGUUAUAAUCAGAAAAAAGGCAAAGUUUGUAAAUGCAAAAAAUGAAAAUUUAUAAAUAUAA